UAAUACCCCGUUAGUUGGUCUUUCUGCAAUGCUGACCUGGCAAAAUAAACUGAGGUGGAAUUGAGAACGUGGCAUCCAGGUGGAAUUGAUUAAGUAAAUAAUAACAUAAAAGUAAAAGCUUACCAGCAUAUGAAAAAAAAUACCCCGAUCAUCCCCCGAUUCCGAUCAUCAUCCACAGGUCAAUUCGCCCCGUAGGUCGUCGACGUUCAAGCUCUAGAAACUCUUGCACACGAUUCGCAAGCUGAACGAGGUCCCUCCGGAACAACAAACGGGGGCGAGCAUCUCUCUACCCUUUUCCGGGUAGUCGGGUCGGGAGAACGCGAACGGCCGCAGGCCUGCCGACGAGUCGGGUUUCGACGUAGAGGAGUAGUAGUUCUGCGGGCUGCUCUAUGUUGUGCCGAACGAAUAGUCCUCGAAAUGACCUUUGCAAGCUCUGGUGAUCAUCUUCGUCAUCGCGGACGGAGUCGGCCACACCUGGAAAUUGGAUUAUGCGAUGGAGGCGGAGUAGUUGUUCUGGCUCUUCGUGCUUCCCUUCGAAGCUCCCAGAUCCGUCCAGAAUCUUCAAUCUUCUGCCUACUGGCGGACGAACUCCUGCGAGACAAGCACUUUGAUCCGUCCAAAAUCGACUCCGAUCUGAUGAAGCUGUUCGAAUUGGAGGCCUGCAAGGCGUGGACUGUGCUGGAAUCGACGAUAAAGGCGGCGAUCACGGAGUUACGGAGGUUCGAGGAGGAGAUGGAUGAGAUGGCGAAGGGGGAACUUGAAAGGACGACAGAGAGGCGAGGAGGAUGGGGAAUGUGAUGGAGAAGGCGGCGUCGGUGGCUUCGAAGAGGUUCGUUCCAGCGGCGGCGGAUUGGAAAAUAAUAGGGGGAAAUUCUUUCCAGCGGAGGGGAUUGGGAAAAAAUGGGUUUCUCAUUUUUCUAUUUUUUUAAUAAUUAUUAUUUUUUAAU